GAUGACGACGAUACGCCAACUCACCUUCCAUCCGAGAACUCCUCCUCCAGCUCCUCCAGUCCCCCGCUCCCCGUGCUCUGCACCUUCAGAUCAUUCGUGCCCUUCUCAUACGUGAACAGCGCCCAGUCGAUGCCAUUCGCGUUCAGGACGUCGUUGUACGCCUUCGCGAUGUCCUGGCUGGACAGAUUUACUUGGAGCGACAUCCGCGUGGGUGUCGCUGGGGGUGAUAACGAGUUAGAGAGCUGACUAUGAGUACUUUCUAGAUGACUGCAGGAAAGAAAAGCGAUGUACCGUUCAGUUCAAGGCUGCGCCAGGGCACGUCGGCAGGUCACAUGACGCCACCAUUCCGGUCGCGCCGGGUUUUCCUGGGCAUGGCUCAAAGGUUUCUACCCCGUACAUACAGCUACACGACGAGUCGCCUAUCUACGCAUCCACGUCCCACAUCCGCGUCGGUGCCGAGCGUGGUUGUUCGCCCGACGUUGCGCUGUGCGUCGGUCGGCAAGUCCCGUCGCCGCAUCGUCGGCCCGACUUUCCGCGCGCCAUCCCGCCUUGUUCUCAACCACCGUCCCCUCCUCGUCCCGCCGCCGCCACCCGCCCCCCCCCCGCCGCGCACCCCCUCAUCCUUGGGACCGUUCGGCAUUUCCCGAAACGCCCGUUUUUCGCGCGGGCAGGAGCUUCACCUCCCCGGAGCGUCGCGCGAGCGGAGCGAGCGCUUAAGCUCUGGCUUUUUCAUUCUAAAUCUACCCUACUUUGGCUCUCACACCACUCCCCCCUCACCCCCUCCUUCCCCUCCCCUCCCCUCCCCUCCCCUCCCCCUUUCCUCCCGUGCAGCAGUGGGAGGCGCGGGGGCAGGGGGAGCUCUCGUCAGUACUCACCCACCUUCCACUCGAGCUCUCGUUCUCCAUCUGCCCCAGCCCAGUCACUGACGUGUUGGCACUCGUGUGCGGCCCAAGGUGAGUCCCCGCUGGUGUCCUCGUAUCACACGAUGUAAGCUCGAGGCAAUCAAUACAUGCUUUUGGCACGCACCGUAGGCUUGCUGUUCAUGCAUCACACUCGAUGCAGUCCCGCUCCUCAGGCGAGCACCCUCGAAACGUAGGUCAGCGCUCGAAUCGG